CCUCAAAUUUAACAGCUAAAAAGAAGAGAGCAGAGCAGAGCCCAAUAGGAAACACAAAGUACGAAACAAGAAGAUAGCAGCAUCCAAAUCACAACCUCUUGAUCAUUAGUCAGAUCAGAUCCCCCAAAUUCUAUCCCCAAAUGAUUUCCCGCCAAAAAUGUAAUCGAAAUCCCCCAAAUAGGCCCGUAUAGGCUUCUAAAUCAUCGCCGGCAACCGCAGUGUGUUCUUUGUUCUUCAGCUGCGGCCAUGGAAUCCAGCUCCACCCACUUUACAGAUAUAAGAAGCUCAGAUACUGAUUCUAAGAUUGAAGAAUGCGUUAACAAUGCAUACCCUCUAAGAAUGUUGAUGCCUGCGAUGAACAUUGGUAGCACAGAUGAUGAAGGAGAGUCGAUUCUUGAACCGUAUGUGGGGUUAGCCUUUGAUUCAGCAGAUGGUGCGCGUGAAUUCUAUACUCUUUAUGCAGCAAGAACGGGAUUUAAAGUUCGAAUUGGUCAGUUGUAUCGGUCAAGAACUGAUGGUACAGUAUCUGCUCGGAGAUUUGUUUGCUCCAAGGAGGGAUUUCAGACUAGUACACGGACGGGCUGUGCAGCACUGAUAAGGGUGCAAAGACGCGAUUCUGGGAAGUGGGUUAUAGACCUUUUCCUGAAGAAUCACAAUCAUGAUCUUGGACCUACAGAGGGAAACCAUUCUCUAAUUUUGCAGCAGAAGAUUCUAACAGCUAAACCUGUUGAAGUAUUCCAUAGGCCAAAAAAUAAGUUGAUUGAGGAAGUUGAGGAUGGACGACCUUGCCCAUCUGGCGUUAUUACUGCCAAGCGUUCUAAACCGAAUGGGGAUGAAAUGCAGUGUGAAGUUCAACCAUCUGCAGGUCUAGGGUUCAAUUCAGCCAACGAAGCAUACCAAUUUUAUCAUGCAUAUGCAGAAAACGCAGGAUUUAGGAUCCGGAUUGGUCAAUUGUUUCGUUCAAAGCUUGAUGGAUCAAUUACUUCCCGACGUUUUGUAUGCUCAAGGGAAGGUUUUCAGCACCCUUCAAGAGUUGGAUGUGGAGCUUUUAUGAGGAUUAAGAGACAAGAAUCUGGAAGGUGGGUAGUGGAUCGUCUUGAAAAACAUCAUAACCAUGAGCUUGAGUCUCGACAUGAGGUUCAAAAGAAAAAUCUUUCUGCUUCAAAAAAGUUCAUAGAGGAGGAGAACGGCGGGCUGGAUGAUGAAGAUAUUGUUGACAUAAACAAUGGGAAUCUUGUCAAAAGACGUCGAGAAAACCACAUUGGAAGUGAUUGGUACACUGUGCUUUUUGACUAUUUUCAAACUAAACAGGCUGAAGAUACAGGAUUCUUUUAUGCAGUGGAAGUUGAUAGUGGUAGUUGCAUGAGUAUUUUCUGGGCUGAUGGGAGGUCUAGAUUUUCAUGCUCUCAGUUUGGUGAUGCCAUAAUUUUUGACACCUCAUAUCGUAAAGGUAUAUAUCUGGUUCCAUUUGCCACUUUCAUUGGAAUCAACCACAACAGGCAACCGGUGCUUCUUGGCUGUGCCCUAAUUGCUGAUGAAUCUGAAAUGUCUUUUACUUGGUUGUUUCAAACAUGGCUUAGGGCAAUGUCAGGGCGUCGUCCUGUGUCAAUAAUAGCUGAUCAAGAUAAUGCUAUCCAGGAAGCCAUCAUUCAAGUGUUUCCAGGAACCCAUCAUCGUUUCUCCAUGUGGCAGAUAAAGGCAAAAGAAUGUGAGCAUCUGAGUUCGGUGCACAGUUCUUUUCAUUUUGAAUACGGAAAAUGCAUCAAUCAGUCUCAAACAUCUGAUGAAUUUGAUACGGCAUGGAAUUCUCUCCUCUGCAGGUAUGGGUUGAAGGAUAAUACUUGGCUGAAAGCCAUGUACGAAAAGCGCCAAUGUUGGGUCCCGCUAUUCUUAAGAGCUACAUUCUUUGCUGGCAUCCCCUUGAAUGGAAAUAUCGAAUCAUUCUUUGGUACACAUGUGAAUGCCCAAACACCACUUACAGAGUUUGUUCCACGAUAUGAAAAAGGUCUUGAACGGCGUCGUGAAGAAGAACUGAAAGAGAACUUUAACUGUUCCAUCUUGAAUGCAUACUUGCAAACAAAAGAACCAGUAGAAGAACAAUGCAGAAGGCUGUAUACACUGAACAUCUUCAGGAUAUUUCAGAAAGAACUUCUACAAUCCUAUAGUUAUCUAGGAUUUAAGAUUGAUGAAGAAGUGGAUAUUGUAAGGUAUUUAGUCCGCAAAUGUGGGAAUGGUGAUGAUGACAAAUCCACAGUCACCAUUAGAGUAUCCAAUCACAAUGUGGGGUGUAGCUGUCAAAUGUUUGAAUUCGAAGGUGUACUCUGUCGGCAUGUGUUGAGAGUUUUCCAGAUAUUGGAAAUAAAGGAAGUUCCAUCUCGCUAUAUCUUACGCCGCUGGAGGAAAAAUGCUGAAUAUGGUCUGCCUCCUUAUUCCGAAUCAGGUGGCAGACCUCAAGAAGUUAAUGCCUCGAUGGUAUGGAGUUUGAGGGAAGAAGCCUGGAAAUAUAUAGAGGCUGGGGCAACAUCUCUUGAGAAGCACAGACUUGCCUAUGAAAUUUUGCAUGAAGGCAGAUUAAGACUUGGUUGCCCCCCAAGAUAAGUGGUCUAAAAACAAAGGUCAGUCAGUCCUAUUGAUAAAUUUUGCAAGGCUUCUUUGAUACCUUUUUUUUUUUUUUUUCAGUUGGUCUCCGUUGUGUAAUCCAAGAUUGUUGAGCCUUUGAUAAUCUUACAGUUUUCUGUUGAUAUCAGAAAUAUGUAAAUAUUGUACUAUGAAGAUUACCAUUUUUUUUUUUUUUUUUGUGAAGUAAUCUAAUCCUAUAACACUCAUUGUGACCGGGCUGAUACUUUAAUUUUGCAAUAUUACAAAGUUGGAUUCUGUAUCUUGUUUUGGUGCUUAGUUUUUAUUUUUGUCCCAAACAAAUGAUGGCAUUGUAUGAUCUUCUUUAUCAACAAGAGAGUGAGGAACGGAAGGAAAAAAAUAGAGGAUAGGAGAUAUAGAAAGAAAGGAGAUGACACUUUGGCUUAUUGCUACAAGUUUGACCAAUUGAAGAUAAAAGACAGACAAAAAGAUCUGGCAGUUGUUUCUAAGUGGGAAUCAAGAAGCUUGGGAAGAUAGGGCUUUGAAGAAAGUAAUAGUUUACAUGAGAAUAGAGAAGAAGAGGCUUGCAUUUGAGGAGUGAAGAUGGUGACAAGUAAUGCUCGGGAGGGACAAGUGAUAUAAAUGCAAGGGUAACUUCCAGGUGAUACUCUAUAACACAACUCCAGACAUAAGUGCGCACUUCUAUAUUGAUUUGAUAAAACUCUGAUACUAUUUUGCUUCUCUUUAUUUGGUUUCAUAUCUGUGCUUAAUUAGGAUUGUACUGGUUGUGCUUUAUUUGGAAUUGCUAAUACUGAUCAAAACUUUGAGAUUUCCUUACAUAGUAACUAUCUUAUAUAUUAAGAAGUGGGUUAUCAAAAAACAAAAGAAGAAAGAUUAUGUGUGCCGAGAUGCAUAUGAGUACCUUGCACACGAGUGUGAAUUUAUGAUAAAAUGGGUAACAGAAUCUCUUUUUCUCUUUAUCUGUUAUCUUUCUCUUAUGCUUGUUUGAACCGAUUCUUUAUAUUCAGUUUAAUUCUGGGUUUCAUGAACAAAAUUUACAUAACCCUUCCUUUAUGCAACCCUUUAUGCAGCUGACUUAUGUACCAAGUCUUAUGAGGAUUGAUAUGUCCUGCUUUUCUACCCGAGUUACUUUCUUGGGGUUGUCUACUGUAUUCAAUGACUUUUGGUCUAUUGUACUACUAUGAAUUUAAUAAUGGAAAAAUGGAAACAAGGCAUUAUCAAACUCCACAUCUUGAACUGUCAUCUUCGUAUUCUCCGGAGGAAUUGAUAAUGCAAAGCAGCGAAAGAAAAAAGUUAUAUAUGAUCUUCCUCAACUUAGAAAUCAAAUUUACCUUGGGGCAUACUAGACAGACUUUGAUUUGCUUAUUUGCAUCAUCCAUACUGACAAGACAAUGAGAAACCUGAAAUUCAAAGAUGUGGGCAGCUUAUUUUGGUUUUCUGUAACAGAAGUUCACGCUAUUGCGGUUCAGUUUCCUAGAGUUUUACUUGAUUCUCUGUUCAUGACCAUAGACUAGCCAAACAGUUGAAGCUACCAGCCAAAACCUUAAAAUUGUUAUCAAACAUAUGUUGCUUUCUCAGUAACUAGUACUGCAAAACAGCGGAGGACAAAACUUUCGAGUACAGAUCUCAGACAAAAGCAAGGGGUUUGUACAAGUUGUAAUUCUAUAUCUGGCAAAGAAUGUUAUAUUUUGUUAUAGAAGUAAGUCAAGCAACAAAGAAUGUUGGCAACUUUGAAGCUUGGGGCCCGGCCGUGUGUUGCCCAAAUCGGAUCCUCCAAGUUCUGCGCCAUUGGAGGAGGUCGGAGAGUCUGGAUUUCAUGACGGCGCGGGGUGGAGAGGAGCUUAAAUCGGAUUUGGAAUGGGAUCAUGAAGGGCUGGCCAAGCAACUAAUUAAUGAUUUACCAAAAGCAAAAAUUAGGAAAAUGAAUAUAAUUGUAAAUAUUAGUUCAUAGUUAUAUUUAAGAGUUGUAGCAAAAAAUAGUUAUAUUUAAGAGGGUUUGUAGGUGCUGAGCUAUUAUGUAGUUG